AUGGCUGGCCUGCUCAUCUCACUGUUCCUGCUGGUGCUCCAGACCUUAGCCGCCCCUCCGGAAUUUGUGCCGGUGACACCCGAUCCGGACCUAACAGAUCCUCUUUGGGCCAACGGGACUGUGGCUCCCUCCAUGGUGCCCCCUCCAGGCACCAGCCAGCGGAUGCCCCACAGCAUCAUCAUUGGCGUGCGUAAAGGGGGCACGCGGGCGCUGCUGGAGAUGCUGGACAUCCACCCUUCUGUUGCGGCAGCGGCCACCGAGGUGCACUUCUUUGACUGGGAUGAGAACUACGCGCGGGGCUUCGACUGGUACCGCGGUCAAAUGCCCUGGUCCUACCCUUACCAGACCACCGUAGAGAAGACGCCAGGUUACUUCACCUCCCUGCUGGCAGCUGAGCGCAUCCGCGCCAUGAAUGCCUCCAUCAAGCUGCUGCUGAUCCUCCGCGAUCCGGCCGAGCGGGUCGUCUCGGAUUACACGCAGGUUUACUUCAAUCGCCUGGAGGCCCGGAAGCCAGUACGGCCCAUCGAGGACCUCUUGAUUCGUGGUGGGUCUUUGAACACGCGCUACAAGGCCAUCCAGCGCAGCCUGUACCACCUGCACAUGCGCAAUUGGCUGCAACACUUUCCACUAGAACAGAUCCACUUGGUGGAUGGGGAUGCACUGGUGAGGGACCCGCUGCCCGAGUUGAGGCGUGUGGAGCACUUCCUCGAUCUGCCAGCACGCAUCGACUCCUCCAACUUCUACUUCAACCAGACUAAGGGGUUUUAUUGUAUCCGCAGUGAUGGGCGAGAGCGGUGCCUGCAUGAGUCCAAGGGCCGCCCGCAUCCACCCGUCAACGGCACCAUACUGAGGCAGCUCCGGACAUAUUUACGCCCCCACAAUCGCAGCUUCUACAAGCUGGUGGGACGCUCAUUCCACUGGCAAUGAGACCGAUGGACGGACCCUAAAUCAGUGGGCAAAAUACAUUUGAUAAUGAUGAUGACGAACUUUAACCCCAACCUUUUUCAUCCCAACCCAACUGCAGAGGCAUUGACUUCUCUUGCCCACUCUUUGUUAGUGAGCAAGUCAAUGGUUUUGACACACAAUGGUUUUGACAAACAGUGGUCUCCUUUCUCUCAUUUACUUGCCUCCCACCCGGGCGGUUGGCCCUGAUUUCUCUCCCCCAACGUCCCCAUACUGUUCUUCUUAGCCUUCAAAUUCUCCCAUACUGGCAGACUUUGAUUUAUUGGGCCCAAUUUCUGUACUAUUUCUCUCACCCCUGAAUCACCCCUGAAUCAGACCCUUAAUCACCCCUGAAUCAGCCCAUUGAAUCCCCCCUGAAUCACCCCUGAACAGUCCACUGCCCCUUCCUUACCCAUUUUGUUUUUCAGGCUAUGAGGCCUUGGCCCUCAGCCAAUCACAUGAGCCAAGAGAGCCGAUGGACAUGUGAAUGGACCAUAAGGAAGACAGGAAACUUAAAGCACUUUAAAAACCAUGCCCACAACAGCGGACAUGCCUCUUAAAUGCCUUUCGCCGCAGAACAGUUGUUGCAUUAGAAAAGAACACAAAGAAAUCAAGCUGAACACUUUGCUGUUAAAAACUCGAGACAAAAAAGAAUAUCCUGUCGUAUCACUUACUUCAAGUCAAGCGAUGCCUGCUGUAGGCAACUCUGUUAUUUUCUGUGAAAUUCAUGACAUUUCUUUUUCCUAUUAUCUUAUUUAUUUUUUUCCUUUGUUUGUUUUACUUGUACUUGAU